CCAAGCGAGCAAAGCAAUACCAAACUCAUUAACUCAACAUUUUCCGUCGCUCCCACACUCCCUCUUUAGAAUAAACGUUGAAUAGAACAAAAUCAUGUUCUAAGUUUCUUUAGUUCCAAUCUCCAACUUUGGAUUGUUUGUUCCAACGACGAUGCUGUCCCUUUAACACAUUUGAAUUCUACGCAAUUUUUUUUAAAAAAAUGCGAAGGCUGCUCGGGAAGAUUUCUGGGUUCUUGAGCAAUCGAACUAUGGUGGGAGUGGACAAAACAGGGAACAAAUACUUCACCAGAAAUGAAGAGGUUGAUGGUAUCGUGAAAGAGAAAAGAUGGGUGAUAUUUAAAGGAGAGGAGGAUCCUACCUCUAUCCCAGUUGAAUGGAUAUGUUGGCUGAAUGGGCAGCGUAAAAAGGCUCCAACUCCAGAGGAAAUGAUGGAAUUGGAAGCAAGACGUGAACGUGUUAGACAGAAUGUUGCUCUUCUCAAGAAAGAAGAAGAAGAAGAAAGAAUAACCAAAGAAGGAAGCAAAGGCAAACGUGUCAGCACUGGAAAAGUCAGUGGUCCAGACUUGAAAAGUUUUAUUCAGCAACUCCCAGUUUCUUCAGAAGGUAAAGAGGUUGAAGAACCACCUAGCGCAAUGGGUGGCUUAAGGAAUCCUCAGGAGAGCUUAGCUGAGAAAGAAAAAGAUGAGUCUGAGUCUUCAGAGCCAACUGGAUCUGGUGCAUCUUUUAGACCAGGAACUUGGCAACCUCCAACUUGAUCUUUCAUUACAACCAAGGGCCUUGCCGAGCUUGUAUUAGCCAUGCGCUGUUUCGAAAAUCCAUCUGAGAUAUAUUUCUCCCUCAAGAAUUUUGAUAUAAUUCAUGUGUUAUCAAGUUUCUAGAAAUUUUAAUUCAUUGAUAAACCUUUGCUUAAAGAAUAUGGCCAAUAAGACAUCCUGCUUUAUGCAUUUGCAAUGCGUCUGCUUGUUGUACUGAGUAACUUAGUUCUUCCCAAAUAAUCUCUGGGUUUGGAUGCAUUAUGAAUCUAUUGUGUGGCAUGCCCUCAAAUAUCAGUUUUGUUAACCUUUCAGCUCAUUAAGAUAAAGGUGUUUUGUUAUUAUA